AUGCUGAACAUGAAUAAUCAAGUUUUAAGUAUCCAAUUAUCUUCCAUAUUAGCAUAUUUUCGCUUCAAUUUUCGAUUUCUAGAUUCGGGAUUCACAGUAAAGUGACUAUUUGUGAAGUUCAAAUUAAAGCCUCGAGCGCUUCUUUUACCUUUAAUUUGAAAUCGGAUUUUUCUCCAAAGGUUUUUCGAAAGUAAAGUUCGCUAUAAAAGUCGAAAACAGAAUUCACUAUCGACUUUUCAUCUGCUGCCUUCCACAGUUUUUUGCGAUAGAGGGAGGAUUCUUCGUGAACUACUUCAAGCUCAAGCAUAA